CGGAAUGGACAGGUGGUUGGGCAGGGUGGCCGUCGUGAGCGGCGCCAGUUCGGGAAUCGGCCGUGCCAUUACAAAGAAAUUGGCCCUCAGAGGACUGCGCGUGGUCGGAGUGUCCAGACGACCGCACAGGGUCCAGAGUUUGAGUACAGAGCUGAAAUCCAAAGGGGCUUCCGGCGAGGUUUUCUCGAUUCAUGGCGAUGUGACCAAGGAGGACGACAUUUCCAAAAUCGUAAAGUGGACCAAGUCCUCGCUGGGCAGCGUCGACGUCUUGGUCAACAACGCCGGAGUUUUCUACCAAUCGCCUCUUCGAACUCUGAGCACUGAGAAAAUUCGGCACCUAUUUGACGUGAACGUGGUCAGUCUGAGUGUUUUUACACGGCAGGUUUUGAACGAAAUGAUGGUUAACGGAAUUGACGAUGGACAUAUCAUUAACAUGAAUGGCAUUGCCGGGAAUCGCAUUUUGGACUUCCAGUCAGGAAUCCACAUGUACUCGGCCACUAAGCAUGCGGUCAGGGUGUUAUCCGAGGGUCUCAGGAGGGAACUCAGAGAUGCUGGUUCCAACAUCAGAAUCACUGCCAUAAAUCCGGGAGUUGUACGCACGGAUUUGUAUGAGGCCUGCGGGAUGACGCCCGAGCAAGUGGCGAAAAUGUUUGCCGAGCACCAGGCAAUUGAGCCAGAGGAUGUGGCUGACGCUGUUGAAUACGCACUUUCUGUGCCACCGCACGUUCAGAUUCAUGACGUGACUGUGCAGCCAGUGGGACAAAAACCGUGAAAAAUAUAAUAAUAAUAAUAAUAAUAAAGUAACGUUUAGUAUAAUUAUUGAUAAUUAUAUUGGUAGCAUGGGACUUAGGACUUAGUUAUAAAAAAAUGUAUUAAAAUGAUAGGAGAAAUAAUAUUAUUAUUUACGAAGUUUCUAUAGUUCAAUUUAUUUGCAGCUUAUUAAAUUUUGUAGAAUAUAUAAAUAUAAUUUGAAUUAAUUAUAAAGUAAAAUUCCCUUGUAAUU